UACUUAUUAGACGGGGUGUACCAUCUGUUACUCAACACGUGAAAUGUCGUGAGCGUAUAUAAUUGGCAUUUCAGCUAUACACCUGGAAUUUACACCCCUAUACGCCUCGCCGUCAUCUUCUUUCAACGCGAGUAUUACGCUAAGCGUGUCAACUUCGAACUUGAUGGAAUCUGUGCUCACUUACUGAAAAACAGGAGUCGUGCAUCAGAAGACGCCCGCAGUUGGUUAGGGCCGUAAAGAAAAAAUGGAACGCUCGGGAAAACAUUUUCUUUUCGUGGCUUCCGAUGUCCUAACGUGCUACGUGAACGUCUGCUUGGUUACGACGACGAGACGGUCUUGUUCUUCGUGACGGCAUGUUAAGGAGCAGCACAGAUGAAGUCAAGAGUAGCCAAUCUAUAGCCUGAAGAGCCUGCGGUCAUGUACCCAGAGAAGAGUUCGGUACCAACGGGACUAGGCACCCGGGGCUUCUCGCGCCAGUUCCUCAUCACCCUGGGUGCUGGGAUGACUUUCGGCUUCGGCUUUGCCUGCCUUCUGUUGGGAGCCCUGGACGAGCGCCGCUUCUGGAUGGGAAACACUUUGGUGUGGACGUCUGGACCCCCGAGGCCGCGGCAGCCCUUCUAUAGCGCGGGACCUCAUUCGCACGUGGACAGCGACGACGAGGCUGGUCCGGAUAAGCCGUUGGCGUUCCAUGGGACGGACGAGGAGUUCCACCAUAAAGACGAAGACCGCGUGGCACAGAUACUUAAGAAACGAGUGCGUCUGCUGUGCUGGGUGAUGACCAACCCGGCUAACCACGCCAAAAAGGCAAAACACGUGAAAGCCACGUGGGGGCGCCGCUGCAACGUGCUCCUUUUCAUGAGUUCCCAACUGGACCCCGAGCUACCAACGAUCGCUCUGCCUGUCCACGAAUCUCGAGCUAAUCUCUGGGGGAAGACCAAGGCCUCUUUCCUGGAGGUGUACAACAACUACCUGAACGAAUCAGACUGGUUCCUCAAGGCUGACGACGACACCUACGUCAUAGUCGAAAAUCUCAGGUACUUCCUCCUGGACAAGAACUCCUCUGAACCCGUCUACUAUGGCUGCCGUUUCAAGCCGUACGUGAAGCAGGGCUACAUGAGCGGAGGGGCAGGCUAUGUGCUGAGCCGAGAAGCAGUCAAGCGAUUUAUAGAGCAGGGCCUUCACGAUCCAACCAAGUGCCGCCAAGACCACAACGGUGCAGAGGAUGUGGAGAUAGGAAAAUGUCUGGAGCGAGUGGGUGUCCAGGCUGGGGACACACGGGACAGCCUUGGGAGAGGAAGGUUCUUUCCACUGGUGCCAGAGAGUCAUCUUAUCCCUGGUCAAAUGCCCAGGGAUUUCUGGCUGUGGAAGUAUGUCUACUACCCCUUCGAAGAGGGAAUGAACUGCUGCAGCGAUACCGCCAUUUCAUUCCACUACAUCAGCCCAAACAUGAUGUAUGUCAUGGAAUACCUCAUCUACCACCUUAGGCCAUAUGGAAUAGACACCAUGGUGCAUCGCAGAGAAGACAAUAGUGCAUCGAACAACACACACUUGACUGCAGUGUAACUGUGUGCCGUGUCAACAGUGAUUUCUUUGCGUACAGGUCACCCAGUAAGCCACUGGUGACUCGAGAGGCAUCUCCUAUCGAAAAUGCAUCAAGUCAAAUGAAGUGCCAGAAAAGUGAUGAACACUGAGAAGCACCAAAUGAGCUCACCUUCGGAUUUGGUGCAAGUGGAAGGGGUGCAGCAUCACAUACCGUGUGGCCAUUUUUGUGCGCCCCCCACCCCAUCUUAGUCAGGGAUCAGAGUGGACAUUAGAAACUCUGGUGGACCUUUUCGUUAUAUUGUUUAUUUAAUUUGCCAUAAGGCAGAUCGGCAACCCCAAUUUUAUAAGUGAAAAAUGUUGGAUGACUUGUGUGAAAGAAUGUUGGAAUGCUUCCCCAAUUUCGAUCAACUUUUGGUUGGAAAAUAAAUUCAUUUUCCAUGGC